AGCUCACUGAUAAAAACCGACCCAUUAAUAGACCAUUAUAGGACAACUUGGAGUCAAAUCGCACAAUCAUAACCGCGACUCCACUGGGAAAAUCACGGAAAGGUGCUGUCGGCUUGUUCUUGGAAGACUGGGUGUUUUUGAGCUGAAUCACGGCAGAGGCGCGUCACCGUGGGGCGUGGUUAAGCGUAAGAGAUAAACGCCGUGUCCACCGUUACGAUGCAGUGAAGUUACAGUUUGGCACGAGACGACACCGGAGCGGAGAGUCUGAGCAGCUAACCAGCGCGCGUAAAGGGAUGGAGACAAAUGAGAUCUUUUUAGUUACUGUCAUAGCCUCUCACUACAUUUGGAACUUCGUCUUCUUCGCGUGGAUUUUAUCAACAAUUGAACCUUUAGACCCGGACUGCUAUAAAACGCAUUGUUGAAGUUCUGAUCCUGUUUGCGCCAGGACACCCAAACGACAUUAGACCAAGAGAAGUCGUAAUGAGUAGUUGUGCAAAUGGUGCAUUUUCUGACCAGAGAGCUGGUACGGAAAGCAGAAUUUCAUGCUCAAGCUACACGUCUACCUGCGCGUAAAGGACAUGGACACAUCGGCUCCAGUCGCCGCUUCCUGAAUCCCUGCGCUAUGUUUUAGUAAGUAAAUGAAAAAGCUGUAGUUAGAUUAGAAGCAGUGUGGCAGCUUAAAGCAUUUAUGCGAGCUUUUUUCUUAUUUUUACGCGCUGACAAAUAGUGCAGCGCUCCAAUAGCACAGGACCUGAAAUUUGGCAGCCAAGCAGCCCACACCAUUGACCGUGAAAGGCUGUGCUGAUCCCGAUUUGAACUUUAACUAAAACAAGUUAAAACAAGUAAAACAAAGUUGCAUCUAAGUGGACGAGCGUGGCAGGAGGGGAACAUGGCUUUGCCAGAUAGUGGCAUAUCUGCAGAGGAGAUACCCUUUCCAGAGAUCAUAGAGCUCAAUGUCGGUGGGCAGGUGUACAUAACCCGCUACUCUACACUCACAAGCGUGCCAGACUCUCUGCUGUGGGAGAUGUUUACUCAAAAGUCAGCCAAAGGACUGGCCAGGGACACAAAGGGGCGCUUCUUUGUAGACCGUGAUGGUUUCCUGUUUCGUUACAUCCUGGACUACAUGCGCGACCAGCAGCUGGUCCUUCCAGACCACUUCCCAGAGCGCGGUCGUUUGCAGAGAGAGGCUGAGUUCUUCAACCUACCAGAGCUCGUCAGGCUUCUGGCACCCAAAAUCAGCAAACAGAACUCCCUUGGUGAUGAGGGAUGUCCUAGUGACACAGAGGACUCCUCACCUGGGACUGACACCUCCCGUAACCUCAGCUCUCUGGGUGCUGCUGCUGCUGCCUGUGCCAGCCUGGUGCCCGGCGCCAUGGAUGGCAAACGUUCUGGGUUCAUCACCAUUGGCUACCGAGGCUCCUACACCUUGGGACGCGACAGCCACACGGAUGCCAAAUUUCGCCGAGUGGCACGGAUCAUGGUGUGUGGGAAGACCUCCCUGGCUAAAGAGGUGUUUGGGGAAACGCUGAACGAGAGCCGGGAUCCGGAUCGCCCCCCUGAGCGCUAUACAUCCCGCUACUAUCUCAAGUUCACCUUCCUGGAGCAGGCUUUUGACAAGCUGGCAGAUGCAGGCUUUCACAUGGUGGCCUGCAAUUCCACAGGAACCUGCGCCUUUGCCCACGAGCAGACGGACGACAAGAUCUGGACCAGCUACACUGAAUAUGUGUUCUACCGUGAGUGAGACUAUCGGCUUUGUUUCCCCGGUCCCCUCACCCUGUAUCCAAGAACCCCCCUCCCCCUCCAGCCUCCAGCCAUCCUGUCUUUCUCUCUCUGAUGGCUUCUGAACCAGUAGAUGUACUGUAGAUGUUGUGCCCUUCCAUCUCUCUUUACAGCCUCCAGCUUUUAUCCUGUGAACAGUACCUGGCCGCUGCUCUGACUCUUCAUACCUUCUCUGCAGAUCGAGCCUUCCCCUUCAACCCCGAAUUCACCCUCCCCCCAAUCCUCAGGCCAAGCUUUUGCCCUUGCUUAAGCCGCCGCCUCUCCAUCUAGUUGUAGUCCCCAGCCCUGAACAACAGCAACCCCACAGCCUUUCCUGCAGAGACUGAUACCUUCUAUUUCCUUUUUGUACUCUCUAUAUAGUGCAUAUGCCUUGGUUAAAGCACAAUACUGUAUCCAAGAGCUAAUUUUGUUGAAUAAAAAACACCAGUGUGUCUAUAUGACUACUGAACCAGUCAUAAGGGCAUAAGGGAAAGGGCUUCAAAGAGUUGCCGUGAUGUACAGUGCUAUAUUUUGCCUGCUUACUCAAGCAGAUCGGACUGUCUCCUGCUCCUUUGAACUAAAUUACCAAAUAAUUGGACAUCUUAUCAGCCUUGAGGGACGUGAGAAACCCCAACACACACACACACGCACACACACAAAGGAAGUGUAAUCUAAUUUCCUUUAGUUUUUAUUAAAUGUCCAGUACCAUGUCCGUGUGGUUUGGGAACGUGCCAUAGUUAAUCUGUUCUGCUGCUUUGGAGUGAAUAGAAAAGAAAAGACUGCAGUGAAGUUAUUUUUUCAGAAAAAGCAGAUUGAAGUUGUGCAGAGGUUCCCCCCCCCAAAAAAAAAAAGAAAGAAAGAAAGAAAACGGGUUGUGUGGCAAAUGUUGAAAAACUAUUAAAUCUCAAAUAUCAAGAGAUCUUAUAGACAGACAACGAGAGAGGGGGGAAAAAAAGGUGUGUGUAUUGACUGUGCAGUGGAGCUUUCAGUAUUUUAAUCACCCACACUUAUAGGGCAGAGAAGAUGGAAGGUGUUGAUUCACUCAUGGUCCACUGCUCUUUUUUCAUUUAUUGUGCUUCUUUGAAAUUUAUUUGUUCAAUUACAUCUUAAAGAUAAUUAUUUUCCACAGCCGGUCACAUGUCAGAAUGGGCUUACACAUUGCUUCCUGUUAUUUGCGUGAGAAGAAAUCAGCAGUCAUCACAGCAGAUCUUUGGAUGUCCCGUAAUCAACAAUGUUAUUCUUAAUACUCAGUAUUAGCUGAAGCGGCUGCGUAUUUGACUAUAGCUCACUCCUUCUGUAAGUGAAUACCAGCGAGAAAGGGUAGGAUUUGCUGUAGCCAGCCAAAGCCCAGUGUUUUCUCACCACUGUAGCAAUGGCAGCUUAUAGUGAACGCGUGUAACCGUCAGUAACUCACAGUCGGCUCAAAAAGGAGCACAAGAUCCAGAUACAGCCUCAGGACGGGUCUGCACAUCAUAUACCUCAGACUAACAUAAACGUGGGACACUUUAAUCCAACAAAGGAUUCAUCAGAUUACAGGAAAAUGCAGAAAUGGCUCAAAAUGAGGACAAAUAAGAGGUUUUCGUUUAAAACUGUUCGGGGAACAGGCAGCGCAAGGCAGAGUUCACCCGUGCGACAAGGUGUCGACUUUUUAGUGUGUCUGACAGUUGUAAUAAAUGUAUUCUGAAAUGUCUAGAAAUUGCAAUAUUGUGUUUCAGUGUGAUGAAGUGUUGUUGACAUCCGAGUCAGUCUGUUAGACCCUGCUGCAGUGUGUCGCUGCAGGCAUAGACAACACUGAUAUUAAAAGUGUUCCACCAAACGCAAAUUGAUUUGUCAAAUAAAAUAUGCUUUCUUUCUAUCCUGCUUGUAUUUCCAUUCCUAACCCCCAAAAAGGGGGGUUAUUUCUUUUUUUCUUUUUUUCUUUUUGAAUAUCAGGGAGCACAAAGUAUGAUGAAAAUAGCACAUUCCCAUUACCGCAGUUUCACAUUUUAAUUUUCGGUGACAAUGCAAGUCAAUCACAAGUAAAGCCAUUCAAAUUUUCAUCUCAGCGUUUCCCAUCAGAGGGAAUGUCCUUGGACACAAACUCUCCUCCGUGUGAAAUUUUCAGCCCUCAGGCACCAUCCUUCCAUCUGCUUUUCCACUUUUUUUUUUUUUACCCUCUUUUUUUCUCUUCAGCCUGGACUUGCGUGGAGCAUUUGACCAAAAAAUCUGAGCCAUGAUAGAAACGAGGACAUGCACAGAUAACAGGCCUUGUCCAAGCAGAUUAGAAAACCCUUAUUUUGUUGCCAAUAAUUGACCUAAUUUCUGUGUGCAGUCAAAAUCUUAAAGAUUGAAUCUAAAUUUCAAGACUCCGUAGUAUUUACAACCUCCCGCAGAGCAACAGUUUAUCCAUUUCUGAGAGACUAGAAAUCAUUUUUGUGUGUCAUCAAUAAAAAACAACAGCAAAAUACAAUAUAAGUACAAAGUAUUUUCAUUGAGGGCAAAGGUGUCAUAACUUACACUCGAACAACAACCAGACUUAAGGGUUAUGUAUGCGAGGCAGUCACGUGUCAUUUUAUAAACUCUGUCUCAGAAGUUCUCUACCGAGCGAUUAUCUCAUGCUAAUUAUCUUAGUAUAAGACCUCGAAACCUGAUCUCACUCUGGCCUUGAUAAAAGCAUAGCUAAUGAGCUUCACAAAACUUUGUGAAAAAUUUAUGUUGCUCUCUAAUUCAGGGAGAAAAAAAAAUUAUCCCCCCCCUUCCUGCUCUGGAAUGCAUGACAAAUCCUCAGAGACCAGGACAAUACUGUGCCUGCAGUGUCUCUCCAGCCCAAAUAAACACAGUCACAGGCAGCAUUCCUCUGUCACUGUCCUCCGGCGGACUACAGCAACACGGGCGUGCCAAGGUCAGUCAUUAGCGCAAACAUGGAGAAACAUGCCUUCGUGUGAAAUUUCAGGCACUGGCCUCCCUAACCUCUCCUCCUCUCGUCAGCGCAAAUUCCUUGAGAUUCAACAUUCAGCAGCAGCGAGAUGCGUGGAAGCGUUGACAUUCAGACGCUGACAUUCAGAGCAGCAAGGUCCACAGGCCAGACGAAAUGUGCGCGGUGAAAUUCAGUGGUGUUUUUUUUCUUUUUUUUUUAAAUGUGUCUUGUGAAACAUGUGGUUGAAAAGUGUAGCAUUGUCUGCUCGUGUGCUUGCAAAGGCAGCAGGUUCUCACUGUGUCGCCACGGUAUGCCUAUUCAUAUUCAGAGUGUCAUAAUAAAGAUAUUUUACCAUGA